AUGUCUUACGCCGACGCUGCUGCCAAGGGCCCCAAGCAAUCCCCCGAGGAAGCUCGCGCCCCCGCCGUUGGCGGCAUUUACAAGGAUGAAUCCGAGAGCACGGCCUCCCUGAUCGACGUCGACGGCCCCCACGUCCAAGCCGUUGACCCCGACUUCCUCAACCAGGAGGUCAAGACCACCACUCAGGCCGAACGCGUCGAGCGCGAAGCCCAAGAGGAAGAGGCCAAGCGCCUGCGCGAGGAGUCUGCGAAGAAGGCCAAGGCCCGCAAGGCGAAGAGCAGUGGCCUGGCUGCGAACUCGGAUAACCCCGUCUUCAUCACGAACGCCGUGGUGGCUACUUUGGUCGGUGCGGGUUUGGGCUUUGGUGCUUAUCGCAAGCAUGUCGAGGGCAAGUUGUCGUGGGAGGUUGUUGGGUUGUGGUCCGGCGCUGUCGGUGCUUUUGGCGUGGUGGACUACUUUGUGAGCAAGUUAGUGAUUCUUUAUCCGACAGGCGAAUGGUUCCUCCAGAACAAGUACCCUCCCAAAUAA